AUGGCGUCGACGGACCUCUUCCUGCUCGACCUCGAGCACGACAAGGACGCCAUCUGCUGCCGCGGCGUCGACCGCUCCGGCGCCUUCCGGGCGCUGCGCAUCACCGGAUUUCGGCCGCAUUUCUACUGGGGCCCCGUAGAGACCUCGGGCGACGCCGCCGACGACGCCGCGCGCGAGGCGGCGCUGCGCGCGGCGACGGGCGACGCGUCGGUGGGCGUAUCCACGGUGUCGCGCGUCGCGCUCGCGGGCCACGGCGCGCCGCAGACCUACCGCCGCGUGUCGCACGCCUGCGCCACGCCGCAGUCCGCCGUCGUGAAAGCCGCGGCGCGCGCCUUCCGCGGCGACGCGGGCGCGGGCGCCGUCGAGGACGGGCUCCCCGUCUGCCGCCGCUUCCUCGCGGAGACGCGGCUCUCCGGCGGCUCCUGGCUGCGCUGCGCAACGCCACCGCCCGCGGGCAACUCCCAGUGGACCGCCGCCUGGCGCGACGUCGAGGGCCUCUGCCCCGACAUCCUCGCGGACGCGCCGGCGGCGCCCGAGGAGCCGCUGCCGGAGCUGCGGGCCGUCGCGGUGCGCGUCGAGGCCGCGUCCGGCCGCGACGACACGUGGAUGGAAAACCAAAAGACGGACGACGCCGUCGCGCUCGUCGCCGUCGCCGUCGCCGGCGGCGCCUGCGUCGUCCACGCGCACGCGCCGGCCUGGCGCGGCGCGGCGGCCCGGUUGGGCGGCGGCGUCGAGGUCCGCCGCUACGGCUCCGAGGCCGGCGCGCUCCGCGGCUUCGAGGCGCACCUGCUGGACCUCGACCCGGACGUGGUCCUGAGCUUCGACAACCGGGCCCUGGGCCUCCUGGGCGAGCGCUUCGAAGCCGUUGUCGGCCGGCGGCCGCGGCUCUCGCGCGGCAAGCGCGACUCCGCGGGCUGGCGCGUCAGGUCCGUGACGACCUAUUCGAAGGACUGGAUCAAGAGCCGGAGCGAGGGCGGCCGGCGCAUGGCGUCGUCGAACAACCUCGAGACGCACCGCUUGGACGGCGUCGAGGGCCGCGCGUGCCUCGAUCUCCUGCGCUUCGUUUCCAUGCGCGCGACGCCCAAGCUCACGCGCUACACGCUCGCCGAGGCGUCCCGGGCGCUCUUAGACGCGGCGCCGCCGACCGUGGGCCCCGCGGCGCGCGCGGGCCUCGCGGCGCCGCGGCGCGCGGCGCUCGCGGCCGCGGAGGCGCGGACCGUGCUCGCGCUCGCCGCGGCGACGAACUGCGUCGCGGAGACCUUCGAGACCGCGCGCGCCACGGGCCUCGACCUGGACACGGUGAGCUGGCGCGCGGCGUCCGUGCGCAGCGAGCAGCUCCUCCUCAGGGCGUCGCGGUCCUUCGGCGCCGCGCUCCCGCUGAAGCGGCCCGCGCCGGUCAUGCGGACGCCCUGGGCCGCGGACACGACGCCCUUCCUCUACCACCCGUCGCCGCUCGCGGAGCUCCAGCCCCACCAGGUGAAUUUGGUGGAGUCGGGGCUCAUGGGCCACGGGGGGGGCACGGCCGGGUUCUACGAGGAUCCCGUCGUCGUCCUCGACUUCGCGUCGCUGUACCCGUCCGUGUUCAUCGCGCACAACGUCUGCUACACGACGCUGGCGUCCGACGGCGCGCGGGCCCACGAGACGCCCACGACGCGGCCCGGCGACCGCGAGCUCUGGGGCUUCGUGGGCGCGGACGCGCGCGACGGCCUCGUGCCGCGGACGCUCCGCGCGUUGCUCCGCGCGCGCAAGGCGGCCAAGGCCGGCGCCAGGGCCGCGGCCGCCGCGGGCGACCGGCGCCUCGCGGACUGCCUCGACGCGCGCCAGCUCUCGCUGAAGAUGUGCGCGAACGCGACCUACGGCUACACGGGCAGCGACGUGUCGUCGCUCGAGGGCAAGCCGCUCGCGGAGGCGUGCGUGCGUUGGGGCAACGCCUACUGCCGCCGGGCCAUCGCCCUCGUCGAGGACGGCACGUUCCCCGGGGCGCGCGUCGUCUACUCGCAGACGGACAGCGUCUUCGUCGUGUUGCCCGGCCGCGGCCACGCGGACGCCGCCGACGAGGGCCGGCGCAUCGCCGCGCACGUGUCGCGGAACCUCCCCGAGGCCCUGACGCUCGAGUACGAGCACGCGCUGCGGCCCUUCAUCCUGCUCCACGUGAACCGCUACGGCGGGUGCACGGCCGACGGGUCCAUGCUGCUCAAGGGCGUCGCGAGCCAGCGCGGCAGCUGCGCCUUUGUAAAAAAGACGCUCCGCGGCGUCGCCGAGGCGCUGCUCCUGCCCGGCCGCGGCGGCGUCGCGGGCGCCUGCGCCUUCGCGGCGCGGCGCGUCGACGCGCUCCUCGCGGGCGACGUCGACGCCGGCGAGCUCGAGCUCGGCGCGUUCUUGUGGCGCGUCGACCACGGCGACCUCGACCGGCUGUCGCGCGGCGCGAAGACGCGCGAGGACGUCGACGCGCUGCGGACGCCCCACGUCGCCCUCGCGGCGCGGACGUUGCGCAAGGAGCCCCUCAAGCGCUACCGCCUCGGCGAGUUCGUGCCGAGCCUCGUGUCGAGGGGCUGCAAGGGCGACGCGCAAAAAGAGACGGUGGCCGACCCCGAGGAGACGCUGGUGAACGAGACGCCCGUGGACCUGCGGCUCUACUACGACAAGAAGCUGCGGCCUGAACUGGAAAGGUUACUGGCCCCUUUCGCCGGCGACCCCGCCGUCAAGGCCCUCUUCGCGCGCGCGCUCCGCGCGUCGCCCGGCGUGCUGGCCAAGCGCGAGGACGCCAAGGCGCUCUUCCAGGGCGCCGCCGCCUCGUCCACCGCCGCGCCGCCGUCGCCGCCGCGGGCGCAGACGCUCCGGGACCGCUUCCUCCUCGCGGGCCCGGGCAAGGACGACCGCUGCGUGCGCUGCGAGCGGCCGACGGAGGACGACGCGCGGCGCGCGGCGUUCUGCGGGCCCUGCUUCCGGGCCGCGCCGGGCGCGCGCGCGGCCUGCUACCUCGACCUGCUCGCGUGCCAGCGGGCCCUGGACCGCGAGGUCUGCGCGCUCCGGCGCGCGCGCGACGCGGCCGCGCGCGCCGGCGCCGUGCCCGCGGGCGCGGUAUCGGACCACGCGCCGCGGCUCUGCAACGCGCUCCGCCGGCUCCGCGCCGUCGACGCCAAGCUCGGCCGCGCCUUCGACGCGCCGCCCGAGGCGUCGCCGCCGCCGCCGCCGCCGCCGCGGAAGAAGAAGCGCCAGCGCUCCGCCCCCCGCGCGGACCUCGACGGCUCGCGGCGGUCGCUCUUCCCGGCCGCGGCGGACGCGCCGCCGCCGGCGCCCGCGGCGGGCGCCUGGGCCUGCGACUUCUGCACCUACGUCCACGCCGAGCCCGCCGAGUUCGACUUCCUCGCCUGCACCGUGUGCGGCGCGCAGCGGCCCAAGAAGGCCGCGAAGAACGCCAAGGCGGCGCCCCCGCGGACGCCUUGA